CGAUAAAUUUUUUCAGUGAAGAAAAAAGUAUGGAACUAUUAAGCUACAAAACGUGUAAAACUGUCAAUAUUACUGUGCCUGGAAAUUAUAUCUCGCUAUAUACGCUAGAAACUAAAGCCCAACUAGCCUACAACUGAAAUCAACUUGCUCGCAAAGGAUCGGAUGCAAGACAUACCAAUCAUGGAUAAAUGUGUCUCAAAUUGAGAUGGCCACGAUGCCACCCAAAGCCAAAUUCAAGAAAAUGGCCUUACGCAAGGGAUCCCUACCACAGCAUACUUGUGUCUUUAAGUUUAGAUGUCGAAAUUUCACAGCCUUAUGGGCGCGCUGUUUGACCCCUUCCUCUUUGUUCUCCGCCUGAUUGCGAACAUGAGUUCCCCCAUCUACGAACACUAUCGGUUCGGACCGACGCCGCGUCCCCUGUCCACUGGCUCGCUGUGGAAGCCAAACAAGGUGCAUAAGGAGCCCGAGGCCAAGGCCAAACCCCUGGAGGUCCCCGAGGAUCUGCUAAUCCCGCCCAUGCAGUCCGACCCCCUGGAUCCGCUGGCCACCAUGAUGUCCUUCAAGCUGAUGGCCAUGGACGUGGUCAGCCAGAUGCAGACCGCGCUGCACAAGUGCGUCAAUUCGCAGAGUCCGCCGGGCGCCAAGAUGGCGGGCCUCGAACUGGACGCCCUGCGCCGCUGCGUUCCGGCGUCCUGCUACUUCUUCAUCGACCUGCAUCCCCAUCCGCAGCCCAGCUUCAAGGAGCCCGCGGAGGAGUGCCCCUCUAGUCAGGUGGCCAGUGACAGGAACAACAAUGCUGGGAGCUCGGGAGCGGCGUCAGCCAAGGGGGAUCGCCUGCAGCGACAGCGGAGCAUCUCCGAGUGCAGCGAGGAUAGCUUCAUUUGCUUUGAGGACGAUGCGGAGGAGGAGGAUCGGGAGGACGACGAGGUAGACGACGACGAAGACGAUGAUGAUGACGACGACGACAGCAGCGUUCAGUUCACAGCAUGCGGUGAAGAUGAGGAUACCGAGGAGACCGAGCCCUGCGAGUGCAGCAACGACAGCUCGACAUCCGUCAAGAAGGUUCGCUUUAACAUGAAACCCGAAGUGCACGUUAUGCUCGCCUGGGACUAUGCUUACCGCGCGGCCAGGAAGAGCGAGUGGCAGGUGAUGGCCCGGGAUCGGGAUCGCUUUCAGCAGCGGAUCAGGCGGAUUUCGCCCAUUCUAAACGCUGUGCUGAGCCCCAUUCAUCGGGAAAAAAUCUACCAAGCUCGAUUCUUGCACGAGGACUAGCCUGUCUUCAUACCUGAAGUAACUUUUGAUGUACAGAUUACAGUUAAGAACGAUUACAUAAUUAAAUUAGCACAAGUUGUUUGCGUGUAUACAGUGAUCGAUUUAGCCACUGAUUUCGUGAUUUAUUUUAUGAAACCAAAAACUGUUUAACCCUGUAGAGUAUAUCAAAACCAAGUACACUUUUCUUCGCCUUUAGUUUAAGAACCCUAAAAAGUUUGAAUUUGUUGAUAACGGGAUUAGCAUAUAAAUGAAUAUAACCUUAAAUAAAUUAAGCAUUAGACGUA